CGCCGUCGCAACUCCCGCUCGGGCGAUUGAUUGCAGAACCGCAAUUCGAACCAUACCAUAGAUCUCAAACCAAAUUCUCCAAUUUAAUACGUUCGAUGGUCUACUCAGACUACUCUCCACCGACCGAGAGGUCAGGAUCUGCAACGACGCCUCAAUCCGAGUCGCACGAGGCCAACAAAUCAACCGGCUCGAGUAACGAUGAAUUCGAUCGGAAUGCAGUAAUCCCUGCCAAAGGGAGCCUUGACUCCCCUCCUCUAUAUAGUUUCCAGCCCCCGUCGAACCGCCUUCAUGACCCGACUGCCCAGCACAACCCUCACCAUCCUCUACCCUCGCUGCAAAUACGUACCGAUCUGCCAAUCUUCAGUCAAAUGAGCCCUCCCAGGGACGCUGACACCCUGGUACACCACAGUCUUUCCUCGAGCAGUCUGCCCCGUCGCACCCCUAGUUUACGCGGUCUCUUUGCGGCGCCUCCCAACAGUGGAGGCUCGCUGUCGCCGGCCUCUAUAAUCUCGUCACCACAAUUGGUAGCAAUGGGCGACAUCACCCCUUUACCGUCGCCCAUCAGUGGCAUGUCGCCAUGGAAACACCCCCGGCGCAAUUCUCAAUCUCUCUCCCGGACCCCUUCAACGGUCUCACGAAAAGGCUCAAGUCUGAGUCUGCGACUAAGCGAUUCAUCGCACAUGCUCGGAGCUUGUGAAGCCCGACCACGAAGCCGAAACAAACAUUACACACUAUCGGAUAAACUGCACGAAUCGCCGCUCGAGUCACCGACGAAAACACGGGCCGAAUCCGCUCCCAAGCACGCGCGCAACCGCAGUUUGAGCGAAUAUGUCCCCCCAGGCCGAAGUGUGCCUGUUAAACCACGACCCAUUGUGGUCUCGGGAACCGGCGCGCCACACGGGAUCUCCACCUCCACCAGCACAGACUCAAACGCGCACAACCUCCAUCGGGAGCAAUACUUGGCCGUACAUCGUGGAAUCGCAUUGCCGACCGUUCGCCCGCCAAGUCCGCCACGCAGUAGCCGCAGUGGGCUCGAUGAAGAUGACGGUGGACCUGUUAUUACACCUGUCCCUGACACUGCGGAUGAGAUAUACUCGGUGCGUUCUGUGCGCACUCAGCAACGCCGGAAAUAUCGCAAACUUCGUCAACUGGGUCAUGGAACGUUCAGCCAAGUCAGUCUAGCCAUGCGCGUGGAGACGCGCGAUAGCGACCCAUCACAAUACGGCUCUAGUUUGCAGGACUUGAACCUCGCGACCCAGAAGUUGGUCGCGGUCAAGAUUAUCGAGUAUGGACCGGCGGGAGGCGCGGACGAAGAGCGCUUGGAGGUUUCUCUUAAGCGCGAGGUGGAGAUCCUUAAAUCAGUCAAUCAUCCCUCGUUGGUUCAGCUGAAAGCCUUUGGCAGCGACGAGAAACGCGCACUACUCGUCCUCGACUAUUGUCCAGGCGGAGACCUCUUCGAUGUGGCCUCUUCCAGCAACCGGCCUUUGAGUCCCCCUGUGAUUCGUCGCAUGUUUGCCGAAUUGGUAGCAGCCGUUCGCUACCUACACGAGCACUACAUUGUGCACCGUGAUAUCAAGCUAGAGAACGUUCUUGUCAAUCUGCCUGUCGCCGCGAUGGAUACGAUCAGCGACUGGCGCACAUACGAUCGAGCAAUCGUGACCCUCAGCGAUUUGGGUCUAUCCCGACGGAUACCCGAGCCUCCGGAAAGCCCACUUCUGCAGACCCGGUGUGGCAGCGAGGAUUAUGCGGCGCCAGAGAUCUUGAUGGGCCAAUCGUACGAUGGACGGUCAACAGAUGCGUGGGCGUUGGGCGUGUUACUGUAUGCGAUGAUGGAGAAUCGGCUGCCAUUCGACGCCUUGCCGGGUACUCGAGGUGACCCAGCGAAAUUGCGCGCACGGACACCUCAUCGCAUUGCGCGGGUGGAGUGGUCCUGGUAUCGGUAUGCGGACAGUGACGGCGAGUGGGAUCCUGUCAAGGGCAGCGAUCUGGAAGGCGCGCGAGAAUGUGUGGAGGGACUCUUGAAACGCAACACCAAGAGGAAGAACCUUGACGAGAUCGCGUCCUUGCCAUGGGUGAAGGACGCAAUUGAUGUGCCCGGGGGGCUGAAGAGGGGAGACAAAGAAGUGCCCUAGAGCUGGCCUCUUGGAUCUGCAUAUUACCAUUCUUAUUUUCCUGUUUUAACC